AUGAACGUGGAUAAUGGUGGAAACGAUCAAAAUGUGGCCUCAGAGCAAUCUAAUGGGGUAACGGACUCCAAUCCAUUCAGUAAUAUAGGUACUCCAUCUUUUAACUUAUCGCAGAUACCGAGAAACGUACUUCAAAACCUUACGCCAGCUCAGGUUCAAAUGAUUCAGCAGAGACACCGACAGUUGCUUAUGAAUAGGAUUCAGCAACAAACGUCUUUUACUCCUCCGGUUCAGCAAUCGCAACCACAGACCAAGGCGAGCGAGCAGGCCCAGGCAGAGGCUAGAGCACGAGCACAAGCUCAAGCGUUGGCAGAAGCUCAAACUCAGGCAAGGGCGCAGGCCCAAAUGCAAGCCUCACAGCAUUUGCCUCAACAACGGACGCAACCGCUUCCGGGGCAGCAGAUGUCAAUGUCACGAAACAUUCCGACAAAUCAGCCAUUAGACGGUGGUGCUGCCGCGCAACAUGCAGGGAUGUCGAGGUCAUCUGGAGGAGACUCGGGGUCACCUCAGGCGCCAAUCAAUUUACCGCCUCAGAUUGCUCAACUACCACUUCCGAUGCAACAGCAGGUGUUAAGCCAUUUAAAACAGCAGGCCAUAGCGAAGAACAACCCAGCUGUCGUUGCGGCCGUUACCGUCGCUCAACAGCAAUUACAGCAACAACUACAGCAACAGCAGCAGCAACAACACUCUCGAGUUCCACUGCCGCAACCUCACGAAUCACCCGCAAGCGCACAGGUCCAAGGACAGCAGAACGUACCGACUCAGCAUGCUCUUGGCUCGCAGAUACAUCAACAGCAAAUGCCCGUAGUUUCAGGUGCUCCUACGGACGGUCAAGCUUUUCAUCUUUCGCAACAAAAUAUGAACUUGCCUAACGCUGGACCGCUCCCAGCGAUGCCUAAGUUUGACUUGCCAAAGUACCAGACUAUCAAGUUUGAUCCGCCGGAGACUAAACUGCCGCAUCCGACCUUCUGGUCCGAACAACAACCAUCAACCGAUACCUUACUCUAUGAACAAAUAAUUCAACGAGACAAGGCAAACAAAUUGGAUUUGGCAAAAGAAACCAAUGGUUACGAACCUUUUAGUAUCUAUGGUUUUAGUAACAAAGAGUACCUGGGGAAGCUGUGGCACACUCUGAAGUAUUACCAAGAACUGAAAGCGACAAGAAUGAAGUCUAUAACGAAUACUUCCCAAAAUAUUCCUUCCGCUAGCAUAUGGGGUGAUGGAUAUUCCGGUUACGGUAACGGUGUAACCAAUUCUUUGAGUCAAGUCAUUCCAGAGACACUUAUUGAUGGGCGUUCUCAGUUCUAUCAAGACCGAUUAAAAAUCUACGAACAAGCUAUGAAUGAGGAGAGCGAGGAGCUUGUUCCCAUACGAUUUGAAUUCGAUCAAGAGCGUGAUAAAUUCUUUUUGAGAGAUACCCUUCUCUGGAACAAGCAUGAUAGCAUACUGAAGAUCGAAGAUUUCGUGGACGAUAUGGUGAGGGAUUACCGAUAUGCACCAAUCUCUAGGGAUCAAAUCGCCGAAACAAUCUCUCAAACCAUGAAAGAGCAGGUAGCUGAAUAUCAGUCAGAUCCGUAUCUUGACCUGAACCAAGAACGCCCUGGCGGCGAUGAUAUGCGAAUCAAAAUCAAGAUCGACAUUGUUGUGGGACAGCAUCAGUUGAUAGACCAAUUCGAGUGGGACAUCUCAAACACAGAAAACUGUCCGGAGGAAUUUGCCGAGAGUGUGUGUCAGGAACUAUCGUUACCGGGCGAAUUUGUGACCGCCAUUGCCCAUUCCAUUAGAGAGCAGGUCCACAUGUAUCAUAAAUCCUUGGCACUCCUGGGCUAUAACUUUGAUGGCUCUGUGAUCGACGAUGACGAUAUUCGCAGUAGGAUGCUUCCCCUGAUAACAAUUGACGAUGUUUUUAGAGCUCCGUCAGAGGCAAAGCUUUAUACACCAAAUUUGUUGCAGAUUUCUGCUGCUGAACUGGAGAGGUUGGAUAAGGAUAAAGAUAGAGACGCAAGGCGCAAGAGGAGACAGGGCCGUUCUGGUCGCCGUGGUGUUGUCGUUGUAGGCAACGGUGGUGGAAGUAAUUCCGCUAUUGCUUCAACUGGAGCCGGAGGUCCUUCCGGCGCCAACGGCACAAUCGAAGUAUCUCUUCCGGACGUUGCAGAUAUUCCAAGAACUUUCCGAACGCCAAUUCCAAGCACCAUCCUACCGGGAGCGAUCGACCUUGGACCUUCAGUAGGGUCGUAUGACCUAAGUACCACAACAGAAUACAAGCCCAGGCCAAUAAUGCCCCCAGCCGAACUGCAGCCCUGCCACAUAAUCGACCACAUACCGGGAAGCUCACUACUACUCUGCAUUAAGCUUCCUAAGAGCACUCGGAUCGAAGCAGAAGACCUGAAUUAA